AUUUGCUGGGACCGCCCGAUCGGCCCUUCCCAAACUGCGGGAGCUCCGCGCCUCCCACACCCCGCCGGGAGCCUCGGGCAGCAGCGGGCGGCAGCGCCGGGAGCAGCGGGCAGCGGCACCGCGCCGCAGGCUCAUUUCUUGUUGGCAUCAACCUCUGGGCAUCUCAUCCUCGAAAAGAUGAACCCCACGGUCAGCAUUGCUGUCAUCCUGACAGUGCUGCAGGCUGCACACUGCCAGAUGAUCCGGGACCUGAGCGCCUGCCUGCUGGGCCAGAGCCUGCGUGUGGACUGCCGCUAUGAGAACAAGACCAGCAACCCCCUGACCUACGAAUUCAGCCUCACCAAGGACAACAGGAAGCACGUCAUCCAAAGCACCAUCAGCGUCUCUGAGAACGUCUACCGGAACCGAGCCAACGUCACCAUGCAUAAGAACCUGGUGUGCCUCUACCUGCAUAGCUUCACCACCAGCGAUGAGGGGGUCUACAUGUGCGAGCUGAAGGCUACCAAUGACUACACUGGCAACCAGAUAAAGAACAUCACUGUUAUCAAAGAUAAACUGGAGAAGUGCGCCGGCUUCAGCCUCUUGAUCCAGAACACUUCGUGGCUCCUGCUGCUCCUCCUCUCCCUGCCUCUCCUGCAAGCUGUGGACUUCGUGUCCCUGUGAAAGGAAAAGCCCCCUGCACCCCCACGGAGCAUCCCAGCCAACCCGCCUCCCCUGCCAGAGCGCAGCCCUUGGAAAGAGAAGAUUUGGAACACACGAAACCUCUCUCUAUGUUAUCUCUAUAUAGCCGUGUAUCUAAUGCUAACCACCGUCCUGUGCUCAGCCCUGCCAUCACGCCCUGCUCUGCUGCAUGGUGGCUCUGCUAGGCAGCAUCGCUGCUCCCAUCGUGCCCUCCCCGCGCUCAGGCUGGUGCUGGGGGAUCUGUGCUUCUCCCACCCCUUAGCUUUUGGGGUUCUGUUUGACCAGGGAAAAGACAGCUGGAUGAGCAGGUAAGGGAAGUGAUGGGAGAGCAUGGGGAAGGGUCCCAGCGCUGUGGCUGCAGCACCAGGGAACACAGUGAUUUCCAUCCAUUGCAGCCAAGCUGGAGCUGGGCAGGGGGGGGACCAGCCCGUAGCUGUGAUGAGAGCAGUGCUGCCAGCCCCACAGUGAGGCCUGUGGAGCCUCUCUGAGCUAGACACAGUGCCCCCACGGGAAUGAGCCUGGGUGGGGAGGGGGCUCCUCCGCAGCACCCCUCAGCUUCAUUUGGGGAACAUCUGGGGAACAUCUGAGCUCCCCAUCCUUCCCCAUGGCACAUAUCCCUGUCCUCCAGCCCCAUCGGGCCACUGGGAGGAGCCCGUGUGCCCCCUUCCACCUCCCUGUUCCCUUUCAGCAUCUCCCUGUCUCUAUUUAGGGGUAGAAAAGGCUGGCUAAGGCCAUCCUCAAUCAAGCUAAGAUGUUUCCCAGUGGUCAGCAAGAGUGGGGAGAGGGACCCCAAGCACAGCCACAGCUUGUCCCCAUGUACCACGGGACCCCAGUGAAUGAGCAAAGAGCUCUCCCAGUAAAGAGCAUGGGGUAGGAGGAGAUGCUGGCAAGAACAUCAGCUCUGAGGAGCCAACACUCACACUGAUCUCCAUGUGCAGUGCCUGACAGCUGAGAGCAACUCCCAGCAGCUGGUCCCCACUCCUUGCUUUUCUCCGGCCACCAAAAUCUGCCUUCCACCCCCAAUGCCUCUCACCCCAAUGCCUGUUCCUGCCCGUCUCUGCCCGCUUGCUUUGCUGUCUUAGUGCUGCCCAGGCUGUACGUGGCCAGGGGUAGGGCAGAGCCCGGCCGACCACGCGGACACGUCUCCCAAGUCUCAUUCUUUUUGUGAACAUUUGUAGUUGUUUCCACAGCUUGUCGUCAAGGAGAGAAAAAAAAAA